CCGCGAGCCUUCGUCGCCUCGCCGUCGACGUCCCGUUCCCCCUUUCCCCCCAUCCGCUCCGCGCCUCCCUCCACCACCGCUUGAGCUUCCCUCGCCGCCGCCGCGUUCCCACUCCCGAGGCUUCGUCGCGUGGCGUCUCGCCGCACCCGCCGCUGAUGCUUCUCUCCUCCCGACCUCCGCCUCCUCCGCACCUCCCUCGCGGGGGCGCCGCGCCCGCCCCCACCCCCUUCGUCCUCGUGCUCCGGCGACGGCAGCGGAGGCGGCGCCACCACCACCACCGCGCGUACCGACUCGCCCCCCGCGCCUCCCUCUCGGACCUCCUCGCGAGCCUCCCUUCCUCCCUCGCGCUCGUCGGCCCCGCCGCGCUCGCCGCCGCGGCCGCGGUCGCCUCCUCCUUCUCCUACUGGUCCUCCUCGCCCCGGACCACCCUGCCGCCGCCGUCACCCGACCCGGAGGACUACGGCAACGCGUGCGGGGACGUCGCGGGCGAGUGGAUCCUCUUCACUAGCCCGACCCCGUUCAACCGGUGCGUGCUGCUGCGGUGCCCAUCCGUCUCGUUCGAGGACGGCGGCGUGCUGCUCGACGGCGUCAACGAGCGCCUGCUCACCGAGGAGCGGCACUACGUGAACCUCAGCCGGGGACGCAUCCCCACGGCGCGCGGCGGGGACGGCGCCUGCGACAUCUCCUACCAGAGGAUUUGCAUUGCGCUCGAGGACGGCGGGGUGAUCGCGCUCGAUUGGCCCGACAAUUUGGACUUGGACAAGGAGCAUGGGUUGGAUUCGACGGUACUCGUGGUGCCGGGAACGCCCGAGGGGAGCAUGGAGAGGAGCAUCAAGGUGUUCGUGGUGGAUGCGCUGAAGAAUGGGUACUUUCCUAUUGUGAUGAACCCCAGAGGGUGCGGCGGUUCCCCACUCACUACACCAAGGUUAUUUACAGCAGCUGACAGUGAUGAUAUCUGCACAGCAGUACGGUUUAUAAACAGCAAGAGACCUUGGACAACACUAAUGGGUGUUGGAUGGGGAUAUGGUGCAAAUAUGCUGACAAAGUACCUCGUGGAAGUUGGAGAGUCUACUCCUCUUACCGCUGCUGUUUGUAUCGACAACCCUUUUGACCUACAUGAAGCAACGAGAUCGUUCCCUCAUCAUAUAGCUCUUGAUCAAAAGCUCACGGCUGGCUUGGUCGAUAUUCUGCGUGCUAAUAAGGAACUCUUUCAAGGUAAAGAUAAAGAUUUCAAUGUUCAAAAGGCUUUAUCAGCUAGGAGUUUGCGUGACUUUGAUGGAGCAAUAUCCAUGGUGUCACAUGGAUUUGGUACUCUUGAUGACUUCUAUUCUGAAAAUAGCACAAGGCUGUCAAUUGCCUAUGUGAAAAUACCUCUACUAUUUAUACAGAGCGAUGAUGGGACUGUGCCACUUCUUUCAGUACCUCGCAGUUCAAUAUCAGAGAAUCCUUUUACAAGCCUUCUACUUUGUUCCUGUGUACAUUCCACUAUCUUCACCUUUCAGAGAUACACAGUGUUAUGGUGCCAGAAUAUUGCCUUAGAAUGGCUGUCAGCAGUAGAAUUUGCUCUUCUGAAGGGUCGCCAUCCACUUAUCAAAGAUGUAGACAUCACAAUUAACCCAUCCAAAGGUCUAGCAUUUGUUGAACCUCAAGUGAAUGAGAGGAAAGCUCAAAAAGAUAGUAGUUUUCGCCCUCAAUCUGAGCUUAUUUUGUAUAAUAAUGUUCCUCAUGGAAUAAAUGGGCUGCUAGUUAAUUCUGCAAGAGAGUAUUCCGGUGCUCUAAACAAUGAAAAUGGGCAGUUGAAAAAUAAUGGUGACGUAGAAAGGGUAAACAGAGAUCCAGAAGAAAGUUCUGAAGAUGUUGAAAAAGGCCAGGUACUACAAUCAGCAAGUCUCGUGAUCAAUAUGCUAGAUGCUACAAUGCCUGGUACUCUUGAUGAUGAUCAGAAGAAGAAGGUUCUGGUAGCAGUGGAGCAAGGUGAAACUCUUGUGAAAGCUCUAGAGGAAGCUGUGCCUGAAGAUGUGCGUGGAAAGCUUACAACUUCUGUGACUGAAAUUUUAAAUUCCAAACGAGAAAAUUUCAGUUUAGAUGCAUUGAAGCGACUUGGCUGGAACAAUGUAAGACCAACCACCACCAAGACAGUGGCCCAGGAAAAGCUCAAAGAUUCAGAUCAAGAUAGUGGGCUUAAGGAUGCCAAAAUGGCUGAUCAGAACAGGAGUUCUGCAACCGCUGGUGACGGGGAUCAGAAAAACACUAACAUGACAAAUGAUGACAAUCCUGGACAAAGCAUGGAGUUAUCACAAGUAAAGCCAUCCCAAACUUCUGAAUCUGUUGGAACUGUAACAGAAAUGGGAGGUGAACAAACUCAACCCAAUAAAUCAGAUAAGUCUGACUCGGGAACCAACGAUAGCAAUGCAGAGCAGAAUAGAACGGAGAAAGGCAGCGAAACGACUCCAAAGCAAGCUUCUGAUGAUCAGGGCAGCGAAACGACUCCAAAGCAAGCUUCAGAUGAUCCAUCAGCGGCCAACUCAAAUGGGUCUUCUAGAGAAAGAGGGCAGUCAGCAGAUUCUACAGCAGACCAGAAUCCACAAUCCCAUGCAAUAGAAAAGGAAGGUGACACAAUUCGCACCCGUGAAGAUAAGGCUGCUCAUAAUAUGGAUGAUCAAAGCACGCAAGUCUCUAAAACAGAAGAAUCAAAACCUUCCCCUAUUACUAUGACCCAAGCAUUAGAUGCAUUAACUGGAUUUGAUGACUCAACUCAAAUGGCUGUCAACAGUGUAUUUGGAGUCCUUGAGAAUAUGAUAGAUCAGUUUCAGAAACAACAGGACUCUGAGAAUGGGGAAAAUUCUGAUGAAAAUGGUGAUGACCCUUCCGUGGAUGAGACAGAAUCUCAUGGGAAGGAGAAUAUGGAGAAUGCAUCAAGUGGAGAAGAUAUAAUCCAAUCAUCUCAACAACCAGAAGAUAACAGUGCUGGAAUAAGUCAUUCAAUCAUGUCCAAAGAUGAUUAUGCUUUUGGUAAGGAAAAUCCCAACUUAAGCAUGGUUUCAUCUGGUAGAGGAAAAUUUAAAUAUUAUCAAGGAAAUGAAGCUGGUACUCAUGUGGAUGCUGAUGGUAUGAAGGUCAGUGGCUUACCUGAUUAUUUAUUAGAUAUAGCUGUCAACUCUUACUUGAAGGCACAGUAUGCAAUGUACCUCCAUGAAUUUCUUAAUACACAAUUGCAACUCAAAGCACCAGAGCCUAAUUCAGCAACAGAUCUUUUUCUUGAUCCGCAAGAAGGUAAAUGGAAAAUAGCAGAUCACAUGGACAAUGUGCAAAAUGACAUUUCUAAAUCUGGUAGACAUAAUGGAACCAUGGAAGAGGUCAAGCAUGCUGGAUGCCCGCAAGAACCAUCUAAAGUGGGCAAUGUUAUUGAGCCACCCUACUCUAUACCAGGAAAAUUUCCAGACUCUACAUACAAGUCAAAUGGAUGGAAUAAUACAGUAGCAGCCAGAUCGAAACCUGGUAAUGAUUUGAGGGAGGCACUUAGACGCUUCAUUAGAGAUGAACUAUCAGUCGCCCUCAAAAUUGAAGUUGGUCGCAAAAUAGGGAUAACAGAUUCUAGGCAACUUGAAAGAGGUCUUGCAAAUGAUGUAGAACGCGUUGCUGCUGAAGUUUCCGAAAUUAUUGUGCUUAACUGUGAGUUAUAUUCGGUGGCACAUGUGCAAAGAAGCCCAAGAACUGUCAAAUUUGGUGCAACACAUGGAAAAUAUGUCAUUGAAGCUGUAGCAACUGCAGUUCAGCAAUCUCAGAAUCUGAGGAACAUUCUUCCUGUGGGUUUCAUAGUUGGUGUAACUUUGGCAUGUUUGAGAAAUUACUUCCAUGUUGAUGUCUCUAAGCAUGAUGACCGUAUGAAAGCCACUGUGAAGUCAGAUAUUUUGAGUGAGGAUCUUAUUGUUCAGGAUAGCACCAGAGCAAAUAUUCAGGAUAGUGGCGAAGAAAAUACAAAUAAUAAUAUUGAAAACGGUCAUGGAGACAACAAGCAGGAAACGACAAGGUCACAGGGUCAAGGUAUGAUGGUAGGGGCUGUGACGGCUGCCCUAGGUGCUUCCGCUUUGGUAGCACAUCAACAAAAUAAGGAUGAAAAUCAUGACGACAAGGAGCAGGACUUUGUUCAGGCUGAAAGUGUCAAGCAUGAGGAAUCUACACAGGGAAAGAGCCAGAACAAUUUGAUGAGCAGUUUUGCUGAGAAAGCCUUAUCUGUUGCAGGGCCGGUAGUUCCCACAAAGGGUGAUGGUGAGGUUGAUCAGGAAAGGCUUGUUGCAGUUUUAGCUGAACUUGGACAGAAAGGUGGAAUUUUGAGGUUCAUUGGAAAAAUUGCUCUACUCUGGGGCGGAAUCCGUGGUGCUAUGAGCUUAACUGAUAGGCUUAUCUCAUUCUUACAUAUCAGCGAACGACCCUUAUUUCAGAGGAUAUUGGGCUUUUCUUCAAUGGUUCUCGUCCUAUGGUCCCCUGUUGUGAUUCCUCUACUGCCAACGCUUGUUCAAAGUUGGACAAUAAGCGCUUCAACUGGGAUUAUUGGAUAUGCUUGCAUUGUUGGAUUGUAUGUAUCUAUAAUGAUACUUGUCAUGCUAUGGGGCAAAAGGAUACGGGGCUAUGAGGAUCCAGUUGAGCAAUAUGGGAUGAAUAUUUGGUCUGCAUCUAGGCUGCGAGAAUUUUUUCAAGGUCUUGUUGGAGGUGUAAUUGUUGUAGGGUUGGUGCACUCAAUAAGCAUUCUGCUUGGUUUUGCAACUUUUCGGACAGGGUUGUCUUCAUCUUUAGCUAGGCCCCUUGAUCUUAUCAAGUCUUCUAGUAAUGUAUUCAUGCUAGCUCUUAGAGGGUUUGCCACAGCAACUAGCAUUGCUGUGGUGGAAGAAAUGGUUUUCAGAUCGUGGCUUCCAGAGGAAAUUGCUGUUGACCUCGGUUACUACAAUGCCAUUCUGAUAUCUGGACUUGUGUUUUCUCUAAUUCAUCGGUCACUACCCUCAGUACCAGGUUUCUUGCUACUCUCUCUGGUGCUUUUUGGACUUAAGCAGAGGACAGAAGGAAAGCUUGCUGCACCUAUUGGUCUGCGUUCUGGAAUUAUGACCACUAAUUAUCUAAUACAAAGCAGUCGUGUUAUAAUAUCCAAACCUGAAACUCCGUUUUGGAUUAUUAGCACCUACCAUCUGCAUCCUUUUGAUGGUGUUAUUGGCUUAAGUAUCUGCUCUUUGCUUGCUAUCCUUUUCUUCCCUCAAAAGCCUGUUCAGAAGGAUACAUCUGUGUGAUAAGAGUCAAAAGAGUAAAAUAUUACUCUUGACAUAUAGCUGUUGGAGUGAGCUUUGAACAAGGAUGAGUCACCUCUGCGCACAUGUCAGCAAUCAAGGAUUGCUCUUGUUACCAUGUUAAACUGCAGCUCGAUUGUUUGAUGCUCCGCAGCUUUCUGGGUGCGAAGGUAUGCUCUCGGUUAGCCCCGUUCUCAUCAGACUGAGAGGCGUGCUGAAUGGAAUGGCUAUGGAUCUGUAAUUGGAGUAUCCAGGUCAUUUAUGCUUGGCAAGUGUGUAUACUACUCUUUUGUAGGCGGUCCAAACGGGGAUGGUUUCUUCCCAGCAUUGUAAGGCAGGUGGGGUAGAACAAAAUGACCUAAUUUGUUGCAUAUACUUAUGGAGAGAAACUAGCAGAUCAUAAUGGUCACACCUGACUUCUUUCAAUGAUUUUUCCAUACAAUCAUACCAAUUGACUUCUGGUAUUGGUCUGUUGACCCCGAACUUGUACUUCUGUUCAUGAAUCUUUGAACAUAGGCACACACCCAAGUUUUGAGAUAGCGAGUGUUGCCAACAUAUACUGUGUACAGAAAGUAGCUCCAGUACAAUGAUUGUGUUAGCUGAUUUAGGCGAUGCAUCUCCCCCCACCUCCGGUUCUGUCAAUGUUACUGUGUAUAGCUGUAAUCUUACUCCAACUGUAUAACUGUGCAGCUGAAUUUAGUGAAGGUUUACAAGCGAAGUGGCCUGCCCUAUACCUGCAGUGCUUUUGAGUUUAAACAA